UUUUAGAUAUAUACUAACUGUUCAACAACCUUGAUAAAAUAAAGGUUGAUAACCCAGCGGUUAAUGUUGUGCAAAAAUACCUCUGCGUUUCGGGCUCAAAAUGUGGCGAUUUCUUUAAUGUUUUUGAUUAUUCUAUUUUGUCCUAAAAUAUAAAUACCCUUGACAAAAAUCCUGACUCCGUCACUGGAGAUGUGUCAAAAAUCCUGACUCUGCCAUUGGAAAUGUGUCAAAAAUCCUGACUCUGCCAUUGGAGAUGUGUCUAUAUAUUAUGUUAUUAUUCUUCUAAUUUAGCUAGCUGAAUAGUAAAGGAGAUUAUAGCGUGCAUAAGAAGAUCAGUAGUAGCCACUGUCAAGACGACGAAGUUUGAUUAUUUCUCCUACUUGUCUUCUACAAUUUUCUCUUUAUUUAUUACGUUUUGUUUAGUGCAAUGCUUCAUUCAUGAAAGAAAUUAAAACAAAGUACUAAGCAUUAAUAAUAACAUAUAUAAUCUUCAUACAGAAAGUGAGAUUCUUGUCCUCAAAGAAAUGACUUUUCCAGAUAUCUUAUGUGUAAAAAAUUAUAAAAGGCUAAAAAAUCAUUUCACCUCGAUGAGUCUAUUCUUAACACAAAUUGACAUUUCAUUGAUAGUUUUGAUGGCAAGUACAGAGAGGACGCCAGAAGAAGAGGUACACAUUACACGACCAAGCUGGUCCAAACCAGAAGUUAAACGUCUGGGCAAAGACGAUUUCUUCAAGGAGAAUAUUAAAUUUCGAUGGGUGGGAAGAAAAUGUCUUCUUGGGAUUGAUAAUCAAGGUCAUUGUUGUACGUAUCUUUCAGUUUUUUUUUUUUAUAGUAUUACUAGUUUCAAAUAUGAACUCAUAAUAACAAAUAGUUCCUCUUUAUGUGAAGGUUGUUGUUGGGCAUUCACAUCAACAGAAGCUAUUACGGCAGCAUAUGCCCUUAAGAAUAAAAGAGAGAUUGUUUCGCUCUCAAAGCAACAGUUGAUUGAUUGUAUGUACACCAAAUAUAAAAAGCCUUCGUAUUUUGCUGAUUUGGGAGAGAAGGAAUGUUUUCCAUGUUCAUAUAACAAGGCAUACAAGUUUGCUAUGGAUUAUGGUAUAACGUUAGAAACUAAAUACCCUUUUAUGGAGGAGAGGGGUAAAUGUGAAUGCCAGACUGAAAUGGUAGGUAUAUCAUCAUUCAAUUUACCAGUAGUAAUUAGAACGUACUCAUGAUAUUAAAAAUUUAUAAUAUUUAUGUAGAGAGCUAUAAAGAUAAAUGGAUUUCAAAGAGUAUAUGAAUUGAUCAAGGAGUUGGAAGAAAAGGCAAAAGAGAAAAGGAAAUCAUAGAAAAGUUGAUUCGACAACAACCUAUUACAUGUGCUGCUCUUCAUGUUACAAGUCUUCAACUACAUCGUGGAAAGGUGAAGUAAUACUCCCUCGAUCACAUGACACUUUUUCCUUUAUAUAGUCUGUCUCGAAAAGAAUGUCAU